AUGUUUUCCAGAGCUAUUGCCUCGGCUUUCCGCCCGGUCUCACGGCCAACCUUCUUGCGCCCCGUCCGCUCGGCCAUCCAGUUCCCCUCCGGUCCCUCUAUCCCUUCUGCUCUCCAUGCUCGCCUCUUGUCCAAUGAGACCCGGACAGCGAUUGACAAGGCCGUUGCCUCCGCCCCGGUCGUUCUGUUCAUGAAGGGUACCCCCGAGACACCGCAGUGUGGUUUCUCGCGGGCCAGCAUUCAAAUCUUGGGUCUGCAGGGCGUUGACCCCAAGAAGUUCGUUGCAUUCAACGUGCUUGAGGAUGCUGAGCUGCGUCAAGGUGUGAAGGAGUACUCAGAGUGGCCGACAAUUCCCCAGCUAUACCUGGAGAAGGAGUUCAUUGGUGGUUGUGAUAUUCUGAUGUCUAUGCACCAGAAUGGCGAGCUUGCAAAGCUUCUCGAGACUAAGGGUGUCUUGGUCGCGGCCGAUGAAUAA